AUGUUCUUGACUAUCAAACCCGAGGAGUUUGAAAAGUCCAGCAUCCAAGCUAUCAAGGAUGCUAUCCACGCCAAAUACGCCAAUAAAGUUAUACAGGAAGUUGGCUUGUGCAUCUGCCUUCGCGACAUUCUCAAGUCCUCCGAGGGUCUCAUUGGCCACGGCACUGGGAUUGUAAACGUCAAUGUCGAGUUCAGGCUGGUCGUGUUUCGCCCCUUCAAGGGCGAGAUCAUCGAGGGAAAGAUCAGCGGGUCUGACCAGGAAGGCAUAAAGAUCGGGUUGGAGUUCUUUGACGACAUCUUCGUCCCUGGGCCCGUCAACCUUUUCGAGGGCGUGAAGUACGUUGGCGCCGAACGUGUUUGGGUCUGGGUCACCGAGCAAGGAGAUGAGCUGUUCUUCGAUCUUGAGGAGACUGUGCGCUUCAGAGUCGAAGCCGAGAUCUGGACAGACCAGUCUCCGCAGGCUCCCACGACAGACGACACACCAGUGGAGAGAAAAUCGCCAUACCGCAUCAUUGCCUCGAUGGCGCAAGCAGGCCUUGGCCCCACCUUGUGGUGGGAAGAAGGCGAAGCGGAGGAAUGA